AUGUGCUGGACUUGGGACUUGGGAGUGCCGGACGGGUGGCGCUCAGAGCCUACACUGACCUGGACUGAAAUGUAGGUGAGAGACAAGAUUGACUCAUAUGCUGGGAAAUAACAGCCUGUGACCAGGACAGGCAAGACGCAGGACAGCCUCGACCUCAGCGGGAACCGCCGCCUCUCCCCCCCAGCGAAGUAUUCACUCCUGCGAAACGCAAAAGGUUGAGCCAGAACUUUCCAGUCUUUCCCAAGGCAGCUCCUUCAGGGGUAUUGAUGUGUUGGUUGAUCCUCUGUUCCUGAUUGUUCAAAGUGGACCCCAGAGGAGAAGUCACACCAAAGAAGUUACCACGAAGCAGUGCAAGGGGCCCAGAAGCAAAGCUGGAGGUGAGACCUGAAGAGAGCUGGAACCAUGCUGACCUUGUGCGCUGCAAAGAAGCAGACUCCACUCCUGGAAAGCCGGCCAUCAAUGCCCAUGAGAGAGAUGGGGGUCCCCAAAUCUGCCGUGUAUGUGGGGACAAGGCCACUGGUUAUCACUUCAACGUCAUGACAUGUGAAGGAUGCAAAGGCUUUUUCAGGAGGGCCAUGAAACGCAACGCCCGCCUGAGGUGCCCCUUCCGGAAGGGCACCUGCGAGAUCACUCGGAAGACCAGGCGACAGUGCCAGGCCUGCCGCCUGCGCAAGUGCCUGGAGAGCGGCAUGAAGAAGGAGAUGAUCAUGUCCGACGCGGCCGUGGAGCAGAGGCGGGCCUUGAUCAGGAGGAAGAAGAGGGAACGGAUUGGGACUCAGCCCCCUGGAGCCAAGGGUCUGACCGAAGAGCAGCGGAUGAUGAUCAGGGAGCUGAUGGAUGCUCAGAAGAAAACCUUUGACAUCACCUUCUCCCAUUUCAAGAAUUUCCGGCUGCCCGAGGUGCUUAGCAGUGGCUGUGAGAUUCCAGAGUCUUUGCAGGCUCCAUCACGGGAAGAGGCUGCCAGGUGGAGCCAGAUCAGGAAAGACCUGUGUUCCGUGAAACUCUCUCUGCAGCUGCGGGGGGAGGAUGGCAGCAUCUGGAACUACAAACCCCCAGCCGAAGGCAGUGGGAAAGAGAUCUUUUCCCUGCUGCCCCACAUAGCUGACUUGUCCACCUACAUGUUCAAAGGCAUCAUCAACUUUGCGAAAGUCAUCUCCCACUUCAGGGACUUGCCCAUCGAGGACCAGAUCUCCCUGCUGAAGGGGGCUACCUUUGAGCUGUGCCAACUGAGAUGCAACACGGUGUUCAAUGCAGAGACUGGGACCUGGGAGUGUGGUCGGCUGUCCUACUGCCUGGAAGACCCUGCAGGGGGCAUCCAGCAGCUUCUCCUGGAGCCGCUGCUGAAAUUCCACUACAUGCUGAAGAAGCUGCAGCUGCACAAGGAGGAGUAUGUGCUAAUGCAGGCCAUCUCCCUCUUCUCCCCAGAUCGCCCAGGUGUGGUGCAGCGCAGGGUGGUGGACCAGCUGCAGGAGCAAUUCGCUGUCACCUUGAAGGUCUACAUCGAAUGCAAUCGGCCCCAGCCAGCCCACCGGUUCCUGUUUCUGAAGAUCAUGGCUAUACUCACCGAGCUUCGCAGCAUCAACGCCGAGCACACCCAGCGGCUGCUGCGCAUCCAGGACAUACACCCCUUUGCUACCCCCCUCAUGCGGGAGUUGUUCAACAUCACAGAUGGCUGAGCAGCGGCCCCUGGGCUAGCCCCCAUGGGGGCAGCCAGAGCCAGAGCCCUUGGAGCCGCCACUCCUGGGGCUAGAAAGAUGGACUCCACUGAGAGCCUACAGUGCCCGACAGGUCCUGCCUCUCCAGGGAACACACAAUGACAGCUCUGAGGAUGCUGGCUAGUAUUCAUCAGGAGGGAACAUGGGUCCUCUCAGCCCCCAGCUCAGUCUGUGGAGAAUGAAGCCAUUGACCCUUAAAUGGAGAGUGCACUGGCCUAUAGGUCAGGCCCAUUGAGAGGCAAGGCCACCCUUCCCUUAGAAGGCCCAGUGGUCUGGGGAUCUAGUGUUAUGGUGGGAGAGGGGAAAGGGUGACUGGGGGUGGGCCAUCGAGGGUCUGUGCCCAUACCCGAGUUCAUUAGCUUCUUGGGUGUUUUCACUGCUACCUCUAGCACCCUUGUCUCCCACUUCUCACUCAUUCCCAACCCACAGCCUCCUGUCCUGAGCUGCUCUGAGUUCCAGGCCUGUGUCCAUCAGCAGAUGCAUUAGUGACUGUGGGAGUAUUCUCGAGAGAAGCCAGAAGCCUGCACCAAAUGUCAGAAGCUGCUCAGGACUUCCCUAUCUUUUUAUUCUUCCCUCCUCCUGACACCUCAUUCUGUCUCUACAUCCAAACAUGCUAUUAAGCACCAAACAAUAAGCAACCUGCUGUGGGGUAACGCUCACUCAGAAAUGGAUCCUGACUUUCAAGUUUAUGGUUCAGUAAAGAAAACAAAGCAGAAACACACGUAACUUUGAUCAAAAGAAGUGAUGUGGCGUAAGCAGCAUAAAGGAUGUCUUUGUGUGGAUGCUGAGCUACGCUGGGGUUGUGUGUGCACUCAGGACCCAAGAGAGGGAUCCCUGGAACCUGUGCCCAAGGCAGGGAGGGCACUAGCUGGCUGUGUGCACGUGUGUGUGUCUGCUCCACAUCUGAGCUGGGGUGUGGGUUGCUCCCGAAGCUGGAACCCUGGGGUGCUCGCUGUGACAGGCUACGUUGCCAGGCAGUUAAUAAAUGCGCUGGAUAUGUGUGCACUGUAUGUUUCCAUUUACACAUCUAUUUGCAAAGUUAAAGAGGAUGAAAGUGUCUGUUUUAUUUAUAGCCAUUUUGAGUAAAAUUUUUUUGCAUUUUUCAUAAACUACGUUUUAACUAAUUUUACAUAAAGCAUUCCACACCUAAGAACUAGGCUUAUCAAAUCCUAAGUUUAAUGUCAAAUCAAGGUAAGAGGACUUACAGAAUUAACUUUGGGUAGAGAUUUAAACCUUUUUUCUUCUUUUUUUGCCUUCUUUUCUGGGGAAGAAAGAAAUGUGGGGGUGGAGAAAUAGAAAUAUAUAUUAUGUAUAUAAUAUAUAUAUAUAUUUCACUACUUAUUUUACUAUUGCCCUUUACACAUCUGCAGACUCUUCGUGUAAGAACAUAAAAAUGCAUUAUUUAACUUGGUUUGCUCAUAAAAUGAUGGUUCUACCUAAAAAUUUAAAGUAUGUGCAUAAUUUAAAAUGUACUAACAAUUAAUUUUAAAUAUCUCAUUUCGUUGCAAAUGAAGCUACAAGUUAACUGAAUUUUAAGGAACAGAUACUCAUUCAGCUUUUACUAUUUUACAGGAAGCAGGCCAAACUUUGAGAACUUAAGAAAUCACUGACACUAUAAAUCAAAGCCAGCAAACAUAUUCCUUGCCACCCUCCAGAUUUCCCAGCCUCUUCUGCAUCAAGGAGAUUCAGAACACACUCAUUUUUAGAAAAGAAACUGAGGGAAAAAAGAGCUCCUCUCUCCAAAUACAAUGACUACAGCUUUCGCCCCCAGGAAUUUUGUCUAAUUAUACUCGUUUGGAAAUAUG